AUGGUCUUUGGGAUGUUCAACCGCAACCGCAGUCGCAGUCGCAGCCGUAGUCGUAGCCCCGACCGCGACCGAGACGAAGACUGCCGUGGAUGUCGUAAUCGCAGCGACAGCCUUGAGCGUAAAAUCGUCCCUCGCGGCUUGGAGACCUACGAGCAUAAAAUCAACCCGACUCUGGUCUACGGCCUAGAACGUCUCCGUGAUGGCCUCAACCUCAUCUAUGGUCGCAACGCCUUCACUGUCUUCGGUGACAUCAUGCAGCUUACCGUCCGGGUCCAUCUUCCGAUGCCUGAGAACUUGGUCGCUUGUCUUCAGGAUGAGGGCUUUCUCCGUCGCGAGCCAGUCGAACGUCUGCCUCCGGCUGUGAAGGACCGGAUCAAGGCGAACGGCUGGUAUCAGAUGCGGCCUUAUGAUCAGGAGGAGCCUUAUCGAGAAUCUGGGGUCGCGGAUACACUGGUAGACAGAGAGCGCAAUUGA